AUGGGGGUCUCCACCGCCUACUACCUCGCCACCCGCAAGGGGCUGACAUGCACAUUAGUCGAGCGGCACGAGGUGGCGGGCGCCGCGUCGGGCAGGGCAGGCGGCUUCCUAGCGCUCGACUGGAACGACAGCAGCCCGGUGGGCCGCCUAGCCCGCAAGAGCUACAAGCUGCACCAAGACCUGGCGCAGGCCCUCGGCGCCGAGCAGAUCGGCUACCGACCGCUGGAGACGAUUUCGCUGUCGGCCGCGGCGCCGCGCGCGCCCGGCGGCAAGGGGCGGCCGCGGCUGGGCGCGGCGCUGCCGGGGUGGCUGGACGGGGGAGGGGUGGUGGCAACAAGUAAGAUGGGGACGCACGAGACGACUGCACAGGUGCACCCCCGCAAGCUCACACUGGCAAUGUGGGCGGCCGCCGAGGCGCUCGGCGCCAAGAUGGUGCGCGGCGUGGUGCGGGGCUUGUCGGUGGACGGCGGCAGCAACGUGACAGGCGUGGAAGUCGAAGGGGUGGGCACCCUGGAUGCUGACGCCGUGGUCGUCGCCCUCGGCCCCUGGAGCGGCCAGGCCUCCACCUGGCUGCCGCGCCUGCCGCCCGUCGGCGGCCAGAAGGCGCACAGCGCGCUGCUGCGGCCGGCGCCGGGCGCGGGCGUGACGGGGACGGCCGUGUUCACGGCAUACAAGGACGAGGAGGGCAGGACGCGGGAGCCGGAGAUCUACCCGCGCGCGGACGGGACGGUGUACGUCUGCGGUGAGAGCAGCGCCACGCGGCUGCCGGCCGACCCCGCUGACAUCACCAUCGACAGCGAGGGCACGAUUGGGCGGAUACUGGAGGUCGCAGGGGCGCUGUCGUCCUGCCUGAGGGGGGCGGAGGUCGUGGCGCAGUCGGCGUGCUACCUGCCAGUCACGGCAGACGGUCUCCCGCUGAUCGGCAGAGUUCCAGGCGUUCGCGGGGCGUUUGUCGGCGCGGGCCACUCCUGCUGGGGCAUCCUCAAUGGGCCCGCCACCGGGCUGGCGCUGGCGGAACUCAUUGCUGACGGUGCGGUCCGCAGCGUAGACAUUGCGCCCUUCGACCCCGCCCGCGGCGGCCACGAGUUCGGAGCCGUGUGA